UAUGAACACACACUCAAACCAUAUUUCAGCUUCUCUCACUUACUUUCUCUUCCACUUCUCUCUAUUUUUUGAUCAUUUCCAAUUUCUUCCUUUCACCAUGCCUACCAUACCUGAAGCACCAAACAUGCAAGAUGAAACAAGUUAUGAGAAAAACAUGAAAGCACUUCAAUUCAUUGAACAAGUAACAACUAAUGCUGAUGAAAUUCAGAAGAAAGUUCUCUCUGAAAUACUAACUAGAAAUGCUCAUGUUGAGUAUUUGAAACGCCAUGGUUUAGAUGGUCUUACUGCAGACCGUGAUACAUUUAAGAAUGUCAUGCCUAUUGUUACUUAUGAAGAUCUACAACCUGAUAUCAACCGUAUUGCAAACGGUGAUACUUCACCUAUCCUCUGUUCAAACCCCAUUUCAGAAUUUCUUACUAGUUCUGGAACGUCAGCAGGGGAGAGAAAGUUGAUGCCCACAAUAGAAGAAGAGUUGGAAAGAAGAUCGUUGUUAUAUGGUCUUUUGAUGCCAGUAAUGGAUCAAUAUGUUCCAGAUUUGAACAAAGGGAAGGGAAUGUAUCUUUGUUUCAUAAAAUCAGAAGCUAAAACACCCGGUGGAUUAGCUGCAAGACCAGUUUUAACAAGUUACUACAAAAGUUCAUAUUUCAAAGAAAAACCUUUUGAUCCAUAUAACAACUACACUAGCCCCAUUGAAACCAUACUUUGCCUAGAUUCUUACCAGAGUAUGUAUUCCCAAUUACUUUGUGGGCUUAUUCAAAACAAUCAAGUUCUUCGAGUUGGAGCAGUUUUCGCUUCCGGUUUUAUUCGGGCUAUUCGGUUCUUACAAAAACAUUGGACCCUGUUUUGCAAAGACAUUCGUACUGGAACUAUUGAUGUCCAAAUUACCGACCAGUCGGUUCGUAAUGCGGUAUCGAAAUUGCUUGUGCCUAAUCCUAAACUCGCAGACUUGAUCGAGACUGAAUGUAGCAAAGAUUCAUGGCAAGGGAUUAUCUCAAGGUUAUGGCCAAAUACCAAGUAUAUUGAUGUUAUCGUCACUGGGUCCAUGUCUCAGUAUAUACCCACACUUGAUUACUAUAGUAAUGAUCUCCCACUUGUCUGCACAAUGUAUGCUUCUUCGGAAUGUUUUUUCGGUUUGAAUCUUAACCCCUUAGCUAAACCUAGUGAAGUGUCUUAUACCAUUCUUCCUACCAUGGGUUAUUUUGAAUUCCUACCUGUACAGAAGAACAGCGGUCUACCUGAUUCCGUAAAUGAGAAGGAAAAGCAAGAACUGGUUGAGCUUGUCGAUGUUAAGCUUGGUCAAGAAUAUGAGCUGGUUGUCACCACUUAUGCAGGACUUUAUCGUUAUAGAGUUGGAGAUGUUCUAAGGGUAGCUGGAUUUAAGAACAAUGCUCCACAGUUCAACUUCAUAUGCCGAAGAAACGUGGUUUUGUGCAUUGAUGCUGAUAAAACUGACGAGGUUGAGCUACAAAAUGCUGUUAAGAAUGCCAUUAACCAUCUCAUACCCUUUGAUGCAUUUCUUAUGGACUACACGAGUUAUGCCAGUACAUCAAACAUUCCAGGACAUUAUGUGCUUUACUGGGAGCUUCGCCAUGGCGGUACAAAGUCAAUUCCUCCAACAGUGUUUGAGAAUUGUUGCCUCACCAUUGAGGAAUCUCUCAACAGCGUAUAUCGCCAAGGCCGUGUUUCCGAAUCAAUUGGGGCAUUGGAGAUAAAAAUUGUCGAAACAGGAACCUUUGAUAAGCUUAUGGAUUAUGCUAUUAGUCGGGGUGCUUCGAUUAAUCAGUACAAGACACCCCGGUGUGUGAAAUUUGAACCCAUACUUGAGCUUUUGAAUUCAAGGGUUCGUUCAGUUUACUUCAGUCCUAAGUGCCCCAAAUGGUUUCCUGGUCAGAAGGAGUGGUACGAUGACGAUCAGAACUGAACGAAUGAGAUAACUAAAGAAUGAUAAAAUGAGUCUAGAAGGUUAUAAUUAGUUACUCCAGUAAUUCUCUUUCUAGUAUUGUGUUGUUUUUAGGAUUACUAGUAGUAUGAGUCAAAGAGAAGAAGAUCCAUGAAGUUCUAUUAUCUUUGUAUUGACUAGUGAAUUAAUCCAGCAUUAUGUUUUCUAUUAA